AUGAGUCUUAAAAAGGUUGAUGCAGAAGGCAGAGAAAGCAAGGCAGGGAUGAGAAGUAUUUCUACUAACAGGGACAUGAAUUUAAGGCACUGUAAAAAUUGCAAGAUAAUAUACAUGGAGCAGGAGAUGGAAAAUAUUGAAUCUCAAACUUCUUACAGAGCAGCAGUGCAAGAGGAAGCACCUGGCUUGUUUGGCAAGAGAAAUUCUUCAGUAACUCUGAAGGUUUUGUCAAUUUUGAAGGGUUUACCUCAAUGCAUGGAUUAG